AUGAUAACAAUUCUGCUCCAAUUCAUAUAAAUUGGGCUUUUUGCAUUUAGUAAAUUUUUAUCAGCAAACAAUAAUACUAAUACAUUUUUUGCAUUAGUAGGUGCUUUUGCAAUAGAAAUUUUUAUAGCUGCUCCAACAACUGAGAAAACAAAAUGGAUUUGCUCAAAAUCAAUGUAAUCAAUUUGUAAAAAUGUAUUGUUAUUUUCAAUCAUACUAUAACAUAUUGAAGAUUAACAUUUAUAUUGGGUAGUCUUAAUUAGUGGAGUACUUAAAAUAAUUAAAAACUUCACAACAGUGUUAGUGAUUAAGAAAAUAGAUUAAAUCUUAAAAUAUAAUACAUUUGUUGGAAUUUAUGCAUAAAUCUUUUCAUUUUACAAAAUCAUCUAAGUUUGUUCAUAUGUAAUAAUUAAAUAAGAAUAAUUAGUUGUUUUUAACAAGUUUAUUUUUAUAAUUAGAGUUGCAUACCAUAAUAUUAGCUGAUUAUUGGAAGAUUAAUUCAUUGAUAGUAGUAAACUUUUCAUUUAUCCCGUUUGCAUUAUUGAUAGUAUUAAUUAUGAUUAUAAUCAAUAGAUAUUCAAUCUUAUUGAAUCCUUAGUAUAUAUUAAAUGGAGUUUGAAAAGUGAAUAAUAAAAGGAAUAAAUAAAAAAGAAAAAGAGUUGA